CAGAUACGGCUUCCCAGAAAGCAGACAGCAACCGUAGAAGACAAAUCAAAGUCAACAUAUUCCGGCGUUAGAUGGUGUAGGGCCUUGCGAUGGUCGUGCAGUGGUGGCACUGGGUGACGGCCAGCUGUUUGGUAGACUCAUGUUAAUAUGAGCAGAUUUGAUCAGCUCUAUCGCCGAAUCCUCAUCACAAAGUUUUUUACCAAAGGAUGGGGCAAACCAGACAACCUCAAACGGUUGUUCGAGUUCCGACAGAUCAUAUCAAACCGAGAGUCCUGCCAGACACUGGUUUCUCCUGACUAUCCUGUCCACAUUGACAAGGAGUAUGUUCAAGGCAGUGUUCGCACACUGGAGGGUCACUUUGUAUCCCCAUUUUCGCGUUGUCUACCAGGGGUGAUGCCCAAAGAAGUGGAAAGGGCAAAGUUCCAAGUGAUCCUACCUAAAGAAUGGAAAACCAAGUUACGUCCUGUGUGUUUACACCUGGCUGGUACAGGAGAUCAUUUUUUCUGGAGACGCCGUACUCUGAUGGCCAAACCACUGUUGAAGGAGGCAGGCGUGGCAUCCAUAAUCUUAGAGAACCCUUUCUAUGGAGAAAGGAAGCCCAAACAUCAGAUCCGGUCCAGCCUGCACAACGUGAGUGACCUGUUUGUGAUGGGUGGGGCGCUUGUACUGGAGUCCCUGGUUCUCCUUCACUGGUGUGAACGACAGGGUUAUGGGCCUUUAGCAAUCACCGGCGUUUCCAUGGGAGGACAUAUGGCUUCAGCUGCUGCGACAAGCUGGCACAAACCAGUCUCUCUGGUACCAUGCCUGUCCUGGAGCACUGCGUCAUGUAGCUUUACACAGAUGGCUUCCCUUGCUGCUGCCAACUGGAUCAGACCUGUUUCUUUGGUUCCUUGUUUGUCCUGGAGUACAGCUUCAUGUGUCUUCACCCAGGGUGUCUUGAGUGGCGCCAUUCCUUGGGAUAUUCUCCAGUUACAGUAUUUUGAGAACAGUGUCUAUGAGAAGGAGUUAAGGCAACUGAUCCACUCCCAGAAGAUGAUGCAUAUCACCUGGGACAAAAGUUUGUACAGAGUUACUCUUCAGAUAUGGGACAGAAGACCCAGGGGGAAAGACACGGCGAUAUUGCCACAGUCAGUGUUUUAUAACAAGUUUACCUUGGACGGCAGUGAAUACCACCACAGGGGCUCUAGAAGUACUUUUCUCAACCUGCCUAGUUACACGUCCCUUCUGCCUGGCCAGAAGAAAACCACACUGCGGAGUGAGGCACUGGAAUUCAUGCGGGGUGUCAUGGACGAGUUCACCCACCUGGGCAACUUCUCUCGGCCACUCGACACGAGUUUGAUCAUCAUUGUGGCAGCUAAGAAAGACGCAUACAUACCUCGGGACGGGGUGCUGAGUCUGGAGGAGAUCUGGCCGGGGCGGAGGUGCGGUACAUUGACACAGGGCACGUUGCAGCGUGCCUCUUCAAACAGGAUGUCUUCAGGUGAGAAUAAUGCAAGGCUCUGUUCUACACAACUACAACCGUGUUUCAAAAGCAUGGACCCUAUUGGUUAUCACUGUCUAGGAAAGCAAUAUGUGAUACAUUGCAAAGACAGGCACAAAAGUACUACAGCUGACAAAGAUACUGCACUGGACUGUCAUGAGAAGCUGUGGAAAUUGUCAGUAUACCCAGUGCCUUUAAUUUUUGAUGUGUGAAUACAUGUGAGUGCCUAUAUUUAUACAGUGUGUUCUCUGCACAAGGUUUUCCCAGCGCCAUUUCAAUGAGGCCAUGGACACAGUACAAUGCUCACGUAUAUAUAUAUAUUUUAUUUUUCCGAAUGGAAAGUGUAUGAAAACUGAUUGCUGAGAUGUGAACACUUUGUCAGAACUCUCAGACUCAUUUCUCACUCUCUGGACAGAAUUUGAACACUUUGUCAGAACUACUCUCAGACUCCUUUCUCACUCUGGACAGAAUUUGAACACUUCGUCAGAACUACUCUCAGACUCAUUUUUCACUCUGGACAGAAUUUGAACACUUCGUCAGAACUACUCUCAGACUCAUUUCUAACUCUCAGGACAGCUGUUUGGCCCUUGGCAAAUGAUGUCAAGUGUUUUGAAUCCAAUAACCCUUGAUGUGGCUGUGGUUAGGAGGUUUGUUAUCGUGCCUGGUGAAGGGUGGCUAUUUUCUCUGGGCUCUGACUGCUUUUCUCCAAUAAAUCUGACUCCGGUGAGAGAAUGGCUUUUAGUAUCCUGUUGAAUAUAAUCUAGUAACCAAGGCUGUAAGUAAAGCUUUAUGUAGUGCUGAAAGAUUGUUUACUAUUAAAUGGACACAAACUGCAAUAUGUAUUGAGUAUUGUAGCCCUGUAUUGAGUAGAGUUAUAAUAAUCUUGAUUUGUUUUUUUGGGGUCUUUUUCAUGUACUGUAGUAAGUCUUUAGUGUUGCAAACAUGUUUGUUAACAACGAUUUAAUGAAAUGAAAAUUACUGUAGGCCUGCUUUUGACCGGGUUUUUUUUU